AGCCAUUGAAAAAUACUGUGAGAGCUGUGAUUGGUCGCAGCUUGUCACAUGAUACAAGGCUGUUGUGAAUGGCCCUGUACCAUGUGAUCCCUGUGAUCAUUCACAGAUUUCACACGUAGUAAGCAAUGACGUCAGGAAUGAUCACUGAUUGGCCAAUCAGGGAUCAUAUGAAUCGGGACCUCGUACAGAGGUCCCAUACAGCAAUUGUGGUGCCGCACGCUCCCAGGGAGCGUGCACAGGCAGUGAAUGCGGGGGGGCCGUUUAUAAACGGCCACCCGCUUCGGCACUGCUCCCGUGCGGCCAUUUAUGUACACGGGCAGGACAGGAAGUGCUUA